CAAGAGAGAGGCAGCUGAAUGCUACUCCUGUCACCGGCUGAGGCUGAGCUACCCGCUCUCUCCUCCAGACUUCUUCACUCUUCAUCUUUCACAGCGCCAGCAUCCGACAUCUGCUGCGCGCCCAGUGUAACGCCCGCGCACGUUCACGGCCACCUGUCGCCCACCCGAUCAGCAGCCCCAUCUGCUCCCGUAUUGACGCCCCAGACGCCUAGGUCUCACGCUCAUUACCUACCCCUACUUUUCUCUGGCAUAAGCUGCCCCCUUUGCACUCUAACCCUAGACCACGUUGUCUGGAUUGGCGGCCCUCUGCAUUCCACAAUAUGGCUGGCUUCGCAACAUCCUUUUGGUCUAGCGACUAUGCUGGCGGCUUGGGCGUUCUAUUCGGGAAGCUCCAGCAGGGCGUGCAGGAAAACCAGCAGAUCCUCAAUAUAGCCCGCCUGCGCGCUGACGCUGAAGACACCUAUGGACAGAGCCUGGCUACGAUUGGCCCAGCAACAGACCGCAUCCCUGGUGGAUUCAGUAGCGAUGAGGGCGCAAGUACACGGAAGGCUUACGAAGGCGUGCGCGGCGAGAUGGACGCAGCAGCGAACAGCCAUCGCAAGAUCGCUUCCAAUAUCAGAGAGCUAGUCGUGAACCCUUUCAGUCGCUGGUGCGAGGCACACGCUGCUCGGGUGCAAAAUUCCCAAGACGACCUCCAAUCGCGAAUCAAGAUACACGACAAGCAGGCAGAUGCUGUUCGCAAGUUCCGCUCUCAAUACUACAACAAGUGCAGACUGGUGGAGGACAUUGAAGAGGAAGAUAAGCUUGCAUUCCAGGAUCCUCAGAGCGAAUCGGCCACGAGCCCGAAGAUCAAGAACAUCCCCACCAUCAAGAUGUCAGAGCCGGAUGAGGCUGAGCAGGAGCCAAUCGAUAUUGGCGACGAAACAUAUCAGCCAGAGCAGGUCAAGCGGAUACUCACUCAUAUGCUGGAGAACAUCAAAAUCGGAGAGACCAGGGUUCCAAUCUUGGGUACCUACCAGAAUGUGUCCAGCGGUGCCGACAUCACGGAAUAUAUCCAGAAGCACAUGAACGCCUCUAGUGUCAGCUAUGCCGAGAGAAUCGGACAGGAUAUGGUGAACAACAACUUCCUGAGGCUCGUGGGCAACGUGGGCAACACCUUCGCCAACAGCACGCGGAUGAACUAUCAGUGGAAGCCGAUUGUGUUCCAAAUCACCGGCAUCCCUGAAAAGAAACAGCCACUUGUUCGUUCCUCUACCACUAUGUCUUCGGAAAGCGUUGAUUCCCCAGUUGGAGCUGUGGGAGAGUACUUGGCUGGGUGGAACCCCUUGAACAACCCGUACCCGAACGAAACCCCAGCCGAGAAGCUUCGACGAGAGGCGAGAGAGUCUGACGAUCGGUACAAGGCAUCUGUGCGAAAAUUGGACUCUCUGCGCUGCAACCUAGAAGAAGCAAUGGUUGAUCAUUUGAAGUUCAUGGAGCGAUGCGAAUUGGACCGACUAAAGGCGAUCAAGUCCGUCAUUCUAGACUUCUCAGGUGCCAUCAGCAAUGUUAUUCCGAGCUUGCAGAGCACGGUUGACAACAUGAUGCUUUUCCAGGAGACGGUGCAGCCUCUGGGCGAUUUGAGAUACCUCCUUGAAAAUUACAGGACCGGCCAGUUCGUUCCUAGGGUGCAGACAUAUGAGAAUUACUACAACUCUGUCGAUGAGCAAACUUUCGGUGUGGAUCUUGAGGCGCGGGCUAGGUCCGACAGGAAACGUGUCCCUAUCAUCGUGACUACUGUGCUCACAUUCCUCGAUAAUCAUUACCCAGAUCUCGAAGGCGACGAAGCACGACGAGGAAUAUGGCUGGUCGAUGUUCCUCUAGCAGCAACACACGCGCUCCGAGCGGCAAUAAACACCGGGAAAUCGAUCCCGCAAGAUGCCUUUGAUAAAUUCGAGGUUCCCGUCGUGGCUAGUGUACUGAAACUGUACCUUCUAGAGCUCCCAGAUUCUUUGGUUUCUUCGCACGUCUACGAAAUCAUUAAAACGAUCUACAGCACCACGGCAACCGACGCAAGCGAGGAGACACGUAUAUCAGUCAUCCAAUCCACUCUUGGCCAACUUCGCCUAGCCAAUAUUGCCACCCUCGAUGCUAUUACGACACACUUCACCCGUCUAAUCGAGCUCACUUCGGCAGACGAACAGUACAUCGCUGCUCUGGCACAGACACUGGCGCCAUGCAUCCUCCGCCCACGCCAAGAAUCCAGCUUGACGAUGAACGAGCGCUACGCCUACCGCCUAAUUCGCGAUCUCUUCGCCCACAAGGACGCCAUCUUUGGCGAGCUGAAGAGAGCCAGCACGCUGACCCACUCCUCAUCUGGCGCGAAUCGACCGCGUGCCAUCAGCACUGAUGAAAGCAACAGGCGCGCACACAUGGAGGAGCGUCAGCGCGCUAUAGCCGCCAACCGCUCCCGUGCUGCGUCUCCGGCUCCGUCGCCACGAUCUCAUCGUCGCGACCGAAGUUCAGGAGGCCCGGAGACUCGUUUCCCGGUCGCCACGUCCACCGCUUCGCCUACGGAGCGGAGAGGCACUGGCGGCGCGGCGCGUAACUCGCUCGAGGUGCCUGGAGGCGCGGAUGCGACCCCAGUGGUUGACGGGAACAAACCCAACGGCACAGCGGGGCUGUCGCGGAAGCCGAUCGAGAGGGGCGUGCAGUUGGAGGACAAGCCUAUGGAUGACUAGUCGAACAUGCUUGGAUGGUGUUUGCAGAUUGGCGGUAGUCGGCGAGGAACGAGUGUGAAAGAGUGAGUGCGGUGGGAGAAAUUUGGGCUUUGAAAAGGUGUGGUCAUUGAGGGAGUCCGAUUUUGGGGAAGGGAUGGGAUCCUCUUAAUGUAUAUCAUUGUAGCCUCUUUUAGCGGAGCUUGGCGAGUGAUAUCAUCUGGCUCUUUUUUUGGUCGGGUCAAUGGAUAGCGAUGGUGUUUGUUGUGUUUGAGUAGAUGGGGUGCGAAU